CCCAGAUAAUGGGUACCGUGCGCGUCAAACCCACCCCUGUCGAGUACCUACCUCUUAUCGAUUGGGCGGGUCGCCGUCAACUCAUUAACGCGCUCGACGCGCUCGGCGCGUCUCCGGGCCUGUUCAUAUCCAACUCUCGAUUUUCGACGUAGGUAGAGUCGAGCAAAAUUACGACAAUCCCAGACCUUCACACCCAAGACGGGGAGAAUUCAAGAUGCGGACCCAUAAAAAACCAGCGGCUUCGCUAUUCCCUCCCCAAAUACCCGCCUUAACAAACCUCAUACCGUCUUCGUCGCCCGCCUUCGGAACGCCAGCCCACACGCCGAAGCCUUUCGCGAUAACACCAGCGACCAAAGCGACCAUAUUGCCGAUUCUCCUCCCGCCCGCCACCCUGAGACCGCUUGCGUUCCGCACCUUCACCAAGAAACACAGCCUAACGCUCACCUCGUCCGCCCUGCAAGAGUUGGCAACCUUCAUCGGCCGGCAUUGCGGGUCGGGAUGGCGCGAGGAGGGGCUGGCAGAAAAGGUCCUGGAGGAGGUCGCCAAGAGCUGGAAGAACCGAAAUGGAGGCGUGAUCGUCGACGGCGCCAGCACCGAGCUGAAAGACAUACUGAAGACAUUAGAGGGCAACAUGAGUGGCGGGAGGAUAGUGACGGCACGGGAACUGAGCCGGCAGAAUAGCUUCGCCCUGGACUCUCAGGACACCGAUAUGGCCAACACGAGGUUAGGGUUGAAGCCGACCACAUCUCUCUCCCGAGAGGAUGCCGCGACGAGCUUUGGCGUAUCGAGACUUGGUGUCGAGGAAGAGGAGAUGGACGACGAGGAAUUAAACCAUCCGCGAAAGUGGUUGAAGGUAAUAAGCGCUUACGACCAACCCCGCCUGCUAUAUAACGUUACGAAGAAGCACUUUGAGAAGGACCCUUCAAAACCGUCUCUCAUGCCGCCGGCAUCGCACAAGACGGUCCUUUUCCGGAACCGAUAUAACGUGAUACACCAGCGACUCCUCCGAAACGAAGCCUUCCAAAGCUCGGCGGUCGCGAGCACGAAGGCUCCGCCGUCCCUGAAGCGCUCGUCCUCCUCCAACGCAGCCUUUCAGCAGACCUACAAGAUCACGCCGAUCGCGAACCUGCUCGGCCGGCACGGCAGCCACCACAUGCUGCUGGGGCUGCUCGCGGUCCUGCCGACGGGGACGCUCGCGAUCAGCGACCUCACGGGGACCAUCUCGCUCGACCUGUCGCACGCGGUCGCCAUCCCGGAGGACUCGUCCUGGUUCGCGCCGGGGAUGAUCGUGCUCGUCGACGGCGUCUACGAGGAGGAGGAGGAGUCGGCCGGCACGGGGCUCGGCGGCAGCAACGGCGUCGGCGGCAUCAUCGGCGGCCGCUUCCAGGGCUUCUUCGUUGGCCAGCCCCCGUGCGAGAAGCGCCGCGCCACCCUCGGCGUCGGCGGCCCCGACGGCGGCCCCGACCACACCAUCGCCGGCGGCUUCGGCUGGAUCGACUUCCUCGGCGUCGGCAGCGAGCGCGCCGUCGGCAGCCGCAUGCGCCGCCUCGAGCAGCGCAUCCUCCGCCGCCAGCUGGCGCCGCGGCGCCCCCGCGCCGCGCCCCCCUCCCAGCUGCCGUCUUCCGCCCCCGGCGACCCGGUCUCGACCGCCGACGCCGACGAGGACGAGGACGAGGACGCGGCGGGGCCCGGUCCCGCACGCGUCGUCGUGCUGGGCGAGCUCAACCUGGACCAGCCGCGCGCGCUGCACGCGCUGCACAAGGUGCUCGCGACGUACGCGACGGAGCGGGAGGGGCGGACGCCGAUGACGUUCGUGCUGGCGGGCAACUUCGCGCGGCACGCGGUGAUGGCGGGGGGGGGCGGCAGCGGGGGCAGCGUGGAGUACAAGGAGUGCUUCGACGCGCUGGCGGCGGUGCUGGGGGACUUCCCGGCGCUGCUGCAGGCGGCGACGUUCGUGUUCGUGCCCGGCGACAACGACGGCUGGGCGUCGGCGUUCGGCGCCGGCGCCGCCGUGCCGCUGCCGCGCCGCGCCGUCCCGGACCUGUUCACGUCGCGCGUGCGCCGCGCCUUCGCCGCCGCCAACGCCGAGCUCGCCCCCGCCGCCGACAAGAAGCGCGACAAGGACCACGACCGUCGCCGCGGCGGCGACGCCGUCUGGACCACGAACCCCGCCCGCCUCUCCGUCUUCGGCCCCGUCCACGAGAUCGUCGUCUUCCGCGACGACCUGUCCGCGCGCCUGCGCCGCACCGCCGUCCGCCUCAAGCCGUCCGCGCCCGCCGACGGCGACAAGAGCAGCAGCAAAGGCGACGACGGCGACGUGGCGAUGGCGGACGCGGCAGCGGACACGAUGGAGGUGGACGGGUCGGCGGCGGCGGCGGAGGCGGAGGCGGUGCCGCACGACGUGCGCACGGCGCGCAAGCUGGUGAAGACGGUGCUGGACCAGGGGUACCUGGCGCCGUUCCGGCCGGCGAUCCGGCCGGUGCUGUGGGACCACGGCGCGGCGCUGCACCUGUACCCGCUGCCGACGGCGCUGGUGCUGGUCGACCCGACCGCGCCGCCCUUCUGCAUCACGUACGAGGGCUGCCACGUCAUGAACCCCGGCGCGCUGCUCGUCGCCGGCCGCCGCGGCGUCGCGCGCUGGGUCGAGUACGAGUUCGGCGGCGUCGGCACCGUGCGCGAGUGCCUGUUCUGAGCGCGCGCGAGAGGCGCGGAGCCAGGGGUCGAGAGGGCGGAGGUGGCAAGAGAGAGGGCGCGCGCGUGUCGUGCGCGCUAGGGGAAAGAUAGGAUAUGAAUCUACGUGUGGACGGACGGACGGAGAUGGGAGGCGUAGCACAUAAGAGACGAGCUAGUACAUAGCAACUGAUAAUGGCCCACGACAUAGAUGAACAGGAGAGACAUUACCGGCGCAUACAUAGGAAAAGUCUACGCACAUUGGCUGAUCCGGUAUCAUAUUCGUUACGAAAAACGCCGAAGACCGCAACAUAGAGUCUGAUCCGGCUAUGAGCUCAAAUAGUGUCAAAUCAUCGAUUAAUCUUUCUCUACAGGUAGAGGCCUUCGUGGAAAGGCAGCAACAUUAGGACCUACCCUCUUUAUCAUUUCAUCCAUCUCCCCCUUAUCUCGCCGAUCCCCUUCAUUUCCUACAUUAUCAUCCUCGCAUUAACCCAUGCCCUUACACCCCUAACCUCCUCUCCCACCCGACCU